AUGUUGAAAGACGAGUGGCAGAAACACCAACCUGAUUUUCAUGAUGAGAAAAAGUGGAAAGUGGAAAGUGAUGAUGGCAGAAUACAUGAGGAAACUUAUGAUUCGAAUAAAUACAUAUCCGGAGCAAAACGCGUGACGAAUGGAACAGUGCCCAUGAACAUUUUACAGUUUCAUCAUUCAUUUUCAUACGAUUGUCAGAGAUAUUUUAAUCUUUGUGUGAUAGAACCGAAUGUUGUCGUCUUUGCUUCUGGUAACAUUUUACAUUUUUUAAAUACCGUAACCAAAAAGCUGUGGUUUAGAAGAGGAUACAUGGGUGGUGGAAUUGGACACGUGACGAAAAACCCAAUGUUUGAUCAUAUUGCCAUUGGUGAAAAUGGUAUUAAACCUCCAAUAAUAAUCUACAAAUGGCCUUCAAUGGAUAUCGUGACAAUUUUAUACAAUGGCACGAUGAAGUCUUAUCGUCACUUAAAAUAUAGUGCGGAUGGUUUGUUGCUGGUGUCACAAGGAGGACAUCCAGAUUACACGAUUACCUUCUGGGAUUGGCAGAAAUCUGAAAUAGCAUUAAAAUGUAAAUCUUACAAUAGAGAUGUUUACAAUAUAACGGUAUCUCCAUCGUUACCUGGAUAUUUAGCAACAAGUGGUUUGGGACAUAUAAAAUUUUGGAAAAUUUCUGAAACAUUUACUGGGCUUAAAUUAAAAGGCGAAAUUGGUAAAUUUGGUCAGACAGAGAUCUCUGACAUUGUGGGCGUAUAUAUCAUGCCAGAUGGCAAGAUAGUAUCAGGCUGCGAAUGGGGAAACAUUUUACUGUGGGAAGAAGGUUCAAUUACUCUUGAAAUAUGUAGAAAAAAUCAGCAGCCAUGUCACGCUAAAGCAAUUACACAAUUUGAAUAUAUAAAUGGAGAACUUAUAUCAGUUGGUAUGGAUGGAUGGAUUCGAAUUUGGUUUUAUGAAACUAUAGAUCAAGCAAAUCCCCAGAAUGGGGAACUUUUUCUAGAAAUUCAACCUAUCUAUGAAUAUCACAUCAGUGAGAGUGAUGGAACAAGUGCAAUAUUAAUGUGCAUACAUAAACAAAAACCAGAUAGUCCAGAGAGUACAUUUUGGUAUGCACAAGAUGGAAAUGGUGGAAUUUGGCUAAUAGAUUUCCAUGAUUUAACAACACAAAUACCGCAAAAAAUAUUUACAUGUCAUGCGGGAGCUAUAGCCGAUAUGGCUAAUGCAACGUGGGGUCCUUUUAUAGCUACACUUAGUAAAACCGGACAGUUGCAUAUUUAUAAUUAUCUAAAAAAAAAGUUAAUUUUGACAUACCAAUUUAACGACACUGGUAGUCAAGUUGUCUGGUUUCCAUGUCAGUUUGAAGCAACAGGAUCAACACUUGCUUGUGCUUUCGGAAGUGGUGUUAUUCGUUUAAUUGUUGUAGCGGUAUCAACGGCUGACACUAUUGACAAUAUAAAGGGAGAUUAUGUUAGGCUGAUUCAAGUCAUAAAACCGCAUAAAAUGGCAAUAACUGUAAUGUCUCUAAAUCCAUUAUGCAACUUACUGGUGACUGGUGGUGAAGAUUCAAUUGUGUUUAAUUUCAAAAUUGUAAUUACUAAAACUUUUCCUAUCAUUACGCCAAUUGGCUUCAUUAAAGUACCUUCAGGAGUCACAUGUCUCACAUGGAAACCGCAACGUAAAACUACAUUAUUAAUUGGAUGUUCACGAGGUGAUUGCGUAGAAGUUGUAUUACCAACCAUACUUCAAUCGUAUACUAUGGCUUCAUAUGAACUUGUUCAGUGUCAACCGAAAACAUUUAAAUUUCAUUCUGUAAAAUCUGCUAUUCAAAGGGAAUUAAUACGUCUACAUCGAGAGAAAGAGAAAAAAGAGAAAAUAGCGAAAAGACGUGAAGAAAUAGAGCAAUUAAUAGCUGAAAGUCCUGAACUAGAAAUUAACGAGGAGGCAUUCUUAAUAGAUAUAGAAGAAAAAGAGCCAUUGCCAGAAAUAUAUAUACCAAAAAUACCAAACAAAGUAUUAACAGCACAAUAUAUUACUCGCGAUAUUAUUUGGUUGUCGAUAGCAGGAUUUGAUGCGGGAUAUAUGUACGAAUAUUUAAGCCCGGAGAUUUCAGAAGAUAUUGGGAAAGAGCCUAUUAAAAGUAUCGCAAUAUACGACGCAGAUGACAUAGAAAUACAAAGUUGUCUCUUUUAUAAAGGAAAGAAAUAUUUGUUUCUGGGAAUGGAGUACGGAGAAAUACGAAUUUGUAGAUGGAAACCCAAAAAUUAUACAGAUCUUUCAGAUUAUUGGAUACUUCCAAUGCAUGAUAAUUAUAAUGGUUACAUCUCAAAAAUGAUUCUCAGCCAUGAUCAAAAGAUGUUAUUUACAUGUGGAUAUGAUGGAAAUUUAUUUUCUUAUGAAAUAAACGAUGAUACGCCAUUCAAACAAAUUAAAUUUGAAAAAACCAAAGGGACCUUAUCUUUACCAUAUACAAGUGUUGAAGAUAUCGAAGAAAUUGAUUAUGCAAGUCUGGAAGAAAUGAUUCAACAAGCUGAAUAUAACAAAAUUGAGACUGCGGCAAAACAAAGUAAACGUCAGACUUUAGAGAUAUUACUUAAAUUAAGCGAAGAAUAUAACAAGAUUGUAGAAAGGAAUAAUGCACUGCCAAAGUUUCAUCAAUUAAGUGAUAAAGAAUUGGAACUGGAUUUUAGAAUUAUAGCUGAUCUAAAUAAAGAAUUGGAUGCGGAAAUGUCUAUAGUACGUGAGAAAUUGGCGUUUAAAGUGGAGAAAAGCGAACUUGGAUUACAAAAACUUCUAAAACACUUCGUUCAACCUCUUACUUGCUUACCAUUUGUCGUUUGCAAAAUAUCGAAACCAGAUAACAUGGUACAUUCUUUGCGUCAACACAUCUUGAAUAUUGACGUUACUUUGCCUAUUGACACGAUAAAACAUAAAGAUAAAAAAGCGAAUGAAAAUAGUAUAACGGAUGUCAAAACGCAACAUUAUGAGAUGGAGGACCGAGAAAAAGAUAAAGCGAAAAUAGAAGAAGAAAUUGAAAAAGUAGAAACGAAACCAAGUGUGGAUUUCUUAAAGGAUUUAAAAUAUGACAUGGACAGCAGCCUGGGAGUUCAAUUAAAUCAAAUAUUACGUAAAUAUACUUUGCGAAAAACAAGAUUGGAAGAACGCGAAAAAGAAUGGAAAGUUAUUUAUAAUGAAAAGCCGGAUAUAUCUAUUAAUCAAAUGUACGAUGUACUCGCUAUAGAGGAAGCAAAAAGAACUAUCGGUGAUUACAAAUUAAAAACAUCUUCAGUUUUUUUGCUGUCGAAAGAACGAGAUACUCUCUUUUCGAAAUAUAAGAAACUGCUAAAGUGUCGAAAAAAGCUUUACUAUCAGCAAGAAGCUUUCAAUACAAGAUUGAAAGCUGUGAGAGCAGAAAAGGAACACUUGCACACGGAAGUUCUACAUUUAAUAAAAUCUCUCAAAAAAAUUCACGCCGAGAUACCAUUAGAAAGUAUAAAACCUUUGCCAGUUAUUCCUGCGUUAAAUAUUAAUAUAGAAUUUCCCGAGAGAAAAAUAAUGAUCGAAGAAUAUACAUUAAAGGACAUGAAGCAAAAACCAACAGCAGUUUUGCCAGAGCCAAUAAUAUCUGUUUGUCCAGACAGUCCAGACGAAGAAUACGAUGUGCUACUUCUAGAUGAGAAAUUUCCAAAAAGUGCAAGCGGACUGCUUGGUAGUCAAAAAACUCUAUAUGUAUACGUAUAUAAACUUUUUUAACAGAAAUUCGUAUUAUUUUUUAUUGCAGAAAAGAAAAUGAAAGUCCAACCCACUGUCCAAGAUAAUAUGAAGUUACUUUAUUUAAGCGAUGAUGUUGAGAAUUUGUGGGAACGAGAAAUGAAAUUUUCUCGUAUAUUGCGAAAAAAACACGAACAGGAUUGCAUAUUAAGUUGUAUACAAACCAAAUACGAAAAUAUAGACAAGAAGUUAGACAAAUUAGAAUAUGACAGAUUGAACAUUGUUACCGAGAAUGUCAAUCUUAAUUUAUUUUUAUUGACGCUCCGUCAAGAAUACAAUAUCUUGAAAGAGUACGAAACAAUGGAAAACGUAUUACAUGAUCAAGUUAAUCUUAAAUCAGAAGAAGUCGCAACAAUGAGACAAAAAAUACAAAUAAUAACCGACAAAGUUGAUAUUAAAACGAAGGAAAUUACAGAAUUACAGAAUCAGAUAAAGGAUUCUUUUUCCAAUUUCAUGCUUAGAAUAAGUGAUAACAAGUUCCGUAACUUUUUACGUAGAAUAUUGAAGAAGAAAUAUAGAGAAGUGAAGGAAGACGAUGAAGAGACUACUACGACUGAAACGGAUUCAGAAGAAACGGACGAUGAUGAUAAUGGAGAAUCUGAAUUAAUUUAUUUUGAUGAAAACGUAUGUCCGCCAGAAUGUGAUAAAACACUGUAUGACUUGGCAUUUUCGAUAAGAAAAACACGAUAUGCACAUGAACAUCAAAUUAGGGAUGCGCAACAAGUUAUAGAGGUCCUUCAUAAAGAGAUUCAAAUUCAUAUGAAGAAGCUAAAAAUUGUAGAGAGUAUUUUGAAGAAAAAUGAGGAUGAUUUAAAAAUGUUUAUGCUUAAGAAACAGCAAAAAUUAAACAAUGUGCAAGUUACGGUGCUAAUGAAAUUACAUCAGCUGCAAUAUUUUGGCGAAUCUCAAAUUCCAUUUAAAGUGCACGAUUGCAUAGUAUUUGAUAAGAAAAAACUGUCUAAAUUAUACGCGAGAAUACAACAAUUAUACGAGGAAAUACUUGAAUUACAUGUUAAACACAAAGAUGCUCGAACACAUCUUCACAGAAUUAAACUCGAUUGUAAUCAAAUGCGUGUCAACAAUAAAAAAUUGCAAGAUGAGAUAAAGCAGAAAAUAAUGAACAAAUUUGGCCAGAGUUUAUCCUUAAAUAAAUUAUAUGAAACAAUACUUCGUCGAAUAGUAUAUGAUAUUAAAGCUAAUUUAAGUGAGACAAUGACGUAUUUCACUAAACGAAUCAAGCAUAUCAAAGAAAAUUACGUUGAAGAAUUAAACAUAUUUAACAAGUUGCUCCGGGAACAUACACAAAAAUUAAGUUUCUUAACAUUUUUAGUGGAAGAGCAAUCAAAACUUCAGAAACUGUUAAAGCAACGCAUCAUAUCAAAUGAAGAAAUGCUGCAGUUGGAGGAGAAAUACAAAAGUGAUAUAAUGAAGUUGGAGAGUAUCCUUGAAAAUCAAAUGCGACAAAAGCAUCUAUUUCAGAAUGACAUUAAGAAUCUUAGAUUAAAAACAAAGUCGCACAUAUCCAGUCAAACUUAA